AGUCUCCAGUGUCAGCGCUCUGUAACAGUCAGACGGAAAGCUGGAACUGUCCAGCGUCUUCAGGACAGAGUGACACAGUAACUCCUCUUCAUCCAACACGUUGUAAGCUGUUGGAAGUUAUUAGACGUUAUUACGCCUAUAAAUGAUGUUUAUGACAAUUUGAAUUAAAAAGCGUUCUAUUGGUGAAAGGUUAAGAAAGUUAAAAGAACUCGCUGACCGCACUGAAUAGCUAAUUUAUAUAAUGUGUUAUUAAUAGUAAGUUUGUAAAAUAAAUCUGUACUGAAGGGUGUGUGAUUUUUUUACAGUGUACUGCAAAACCUUACAUUAAUUAUGUAGCACUAAGCGUUGAAUAUUUAUGCCUGGAGGUUGUUCAGAGUUCAGAAAACAAUUGUUCAGCUCGGUGAGAAAUCUCCCAUCCUCGGGAUUAAUAUUUUCUGUACUUAUUUAUGACUAAAGACAGAACCGUAUAAUGUAUGUUCUUCUGUUUUGUUGCUGUUGCUGUUAGGAGGAAGUAUUAUUAUUAUGCCUCAAAUACAAAUUAAUAAUGUAUUAUUCAUGCCUGGGGGUCAGUCUGGGUUUGUAAAUGUUUCGGUUUGUUAUUGUUCUGUAAACAGGAGAAAAAACAGCUGAAGCAUGAGGGAGGUUAUAAUUUUUUUUUUUUUUAGCAUAGGCCUUGCUGCAGAACCAAAAGUCCAGGGGGUGGAGCUGGACCUAAUCGAGCUCCUCCUAUAACCUCUAACUGUAUUUCAUGCGAUGCUCCACAACAGGAAAUAACACACUUAACACACUUUAUUAACACAUGGAGUUAUCUCCACCCCCUGGACCUUUAGUUUGAGUCUGUCCAGGUAGGCAGAGCUGGAUCAGGUCAGACUCCACCCCCUGGACCUUUAGUUUGAGUCUGUCCAGGUAGGCAGAGCUGGAUCAGGUCAGACUCCACCCCCUGGACCUUUAGUUUGAGUCCGUCCAGGUAGGCGGAGCUGGAUCAGGUCAGACUCCACCCCCUGGACCUUAAGUUUGAGUCCGUCCAGGUAGGCGGAGCUGGAUAAGGUGAGACUCCACCCCCUGGACAUUUAGUUUGAGUCCGUCCAGGUAGGCGGAGCUGGAUAAGGUGAGACUCCACCCCCUGGACUUCCUGUGUAGUGUUGGGGGCGUGUCUAAUUGGCAUUUUUUUCCAUGAAGUUUCUCCAUGAAGUUAAAAGUUUUUGCACUUCUGCGUGUCAGAUGAUGUUUUUUAUAUAUUUUUUUGAACUGCCAUGUUAUUAAUCUCUCCAGAAAGAAUGCAGGUCUAGAAGUAAAGUUUGCGAGCCCUUGCUCUUAUAUGAAGUGUGUUUAUUGUGUAGAGAUAGAGAGCAGUACACUGACCAAUCACAGCGAGUCAGAACUCCUUCCCGAGCGCUGGACACUGCCCAAUCCCAGCGCGGGGAGGGCGUGGUUUUCUGGAACAACAACAACAACAACAACAAUAACAACAACAACAAAGAGAUCAAGAAGAGAUCAGAAGAAAGUGUAAGGGUUAGAAGCGCUGUGUGUGCUCCUGGAGCGCGUGCUGGGAGCAGAUGAGAGGAGGGAUGGCGCGGUCGCGCGCUGCUCGUGCACAGCAUCAUCCUCAGCUCAGUGGGAAGAUGAGGAGAGAGACACGGCGCUGACGCGGUGGCUGGAAGAGCGCGUGUCCUCUCUCUCUCUCUCUCUCCCUCUCUCUCUCUCUGUCUCUCUCUCUCUGUCUCUCUCCCUCUCUCCCGCGUUUCCCCCGCAUCAGUGUGCGGGAUUCUGAUCACCGCGCAGGAUUACUCUGCUCUCCCCGGACCCUGUGCAACUCCUCGGUAAUCCUCGGCUAUGAUUUUCGCGGACAUGAGCGCGGGGACGAGCUCCCCGAAGAUGCAUCCGCCCAACGGCACGCGCUUUUAUACCUAUCAGGAGUUUGCGGCCCUGACGAAAGAGCUGAAUGCCUGUCGAGAACAGCUGCUGGAGAAAGAGGAGGAGAUCUCAGAGCUCAAGGCUGAGAGGAACAACACCAGGCUGCUGCUGGAGCAUUUGGAGUGUUUGGUGUCUCGUCACGAGCGCUCCCUCAGGAUGACGGUGGUGAAGCGACAGGCUCAGUCUCCAUCAGGAGUCUCCAGCGAGGUGGAAGUUCUCAAAGCUCUCAAAUCCUUGUUCGAGCAUCACAAAGCUCUGGAUGAAAAGGUGAGAGAGAGGCUACGCGUGUCACUCGAAAGAGUCUCUGCCUUGGAGGAGGAGCUAACUGCUGCCAAUCAGGAGAUUGUUGCCUUAAGGGAACAAAAUGCACACAUUCAGAGAAAAGUGGCAUCAGGUGAAGGAGCUGAGGAUCUGCUCGAAGGAGACGCACAGAAAGUCCAUGGCAAGCGCUUGUCAAACGGCUCGAUGGAGUCCGGAGACGAGGCAAGUCAGGUGGUGGAGCUGCAGGAACUUCUGGAGAAACAGAAUUAUGAACUGACCCAGAUGAAAGAGAGGAUGUCAUCUCUGUCGUCUCGCGUUUCUGAGGUGGAGCAGGAGCUUGAGACGGCGCGUAAAGACCUCAUCAAGAGUGAAGAGAUGAACACCAAAUACCAGAGAGACAUCAAAGAGGCCAUGUGUCAGAAGGAGGACAUGGAGGAGAGGAUCGUGACUCUGGAGAAACGUUACCUCAGCGCUCAGAGAGAGUCCACUUCACUGCACGACAUCAGUGACAAACUGGAGAACGAACUGGCCAAUAAGGAGGCUUUUCUUCGACAGAUGGAGGAGAAGAACAGGCAGCUGCAGGAGAGGUUGGAGUUGGCUGAACAGAAGCUGCAGCAGACGAUGAGGAAAGCAGAAACUCUGCCGGAGGUGGAGGCAGAACUCGCACAGAGAAUAGCAGCACUCACCAAGGCAGAGGAAAGACAUGGCAGUAUUGAGGAACGAAUGAGGCAUCUGGAAGGACAGCUGGAGGAGAAAAACCAGGAACUUUUACGGGCUCGUCAGAGAGAGAAGAUGAACGAGGAACACAACAAGCGUCUAUCAGACACGGUGGAUCGUCUCCUCACGGAAUCAAACGAGCGUUUACAGCUCCAUCUGAAGGAGAGGAUGGCUGCUCUGGAGGAGAAGAAUGUAUUAAUUCAAGAUUCAGAGAAUUACAGGAAGCAGCUGGAAGACUCCAUUCAUGAAAAGUCCCAGUUGGCAGAGGAGAUGGACAAAAUGAGAGCUGAACUCGAUCAGUUCAGAAUGAGGGCGGAGCCAACACUGUCACGGUCUCAUCUGGAUGCCUCCUCAGAUCUGCGUUACUCUCUUGGUUCUCUUGCUGAGUCUCAAUCUGAUUAUCGCUCCACGAAAGUGAUGCACCGAACAAGAAGAGGACGCAUGGGGCUACGCCGAGACGAACAGAAGGCGAAGUCUCUGGGCGAACAUGAGUGGCGCUCGCAGCAGCUCGGCGUGUUGGGCUCGCACCCGUUCGAGAGCGAUACCGAGAUGUCAGACAUCGACGAUGACGAUCGGGAGACUUUGUUCAGCUCGAUGGAUUUGCUCUCGCCCAGCGGACAUUCAGACGCUCAGACCCUCGCCAUGAUGCUGCAGGAACAACUCGACGCUAUCAACAAAGAGAUACGGCUGAUUCAGGAGGAGAAGGAGUGUACGGAGCAGAGGGCGGAGGAGAUUGAACACCGUGUAGCCAGUGUGAGUUUAGAGGGCUUGAAUCUGGCGCGUUCGCUCAUCACCGCCUCAGCUACAGCGUCAUCGCUCGCAUCAUCAUCACCACCCAGCGGGCACUCGUCCCCCAAACACACACCCCGCAGCCCCGCCCGGGACAUGGAGCGCAUGGGGGUCAUGACACUGCCCAGUGACCUGAGGAAACACCGGAGAAAGAUCGCAGCCGUGGACGAGGACGGCAGAGAGGACAAAGCCACCAUAAAGUGUGAGACGUCUCCUCCUCCAACGCCUCGUCAAGUCCGCAUGACACACACACUGCCUGCUUCCUCUCACAACGACGCACGUCUGGCCGCAGCGUUAGAGGCUGAUGCAGCUCUGAGCAGUGUAGCCAGCAGUCAGGACUCGCUCCAUAAACAACCGAAGAAGAAAGGCAUCAAAUCAUCCAUCGGCCGCUUGUUUGGCAAAAAAGAGAAAGGACGACUGGGACACAUGGGAAAAGAGAUGAUGGGACCGGGACCAGGUGUUUCAGAUGUGGAGUUGCUUGCUCAGGAAAUGGCUGUGGGGAAACUGGGCACUCAGGCCGAGAAAGACCGCCGCAUAAAGAAGAAGCAUGAGUUGCUGGAGGAGGCGAGGAGGAAAGGAUUGCCUUUCGCGCAGUGGGAUGGUCCUACUGUUGUUGCAUGGCUGGAGCUGUGGUUAGGAAUGCCGGCGUGGUACGUGGCAGCGUGCCGGGCGAACGUGAAGAGCGGCGCCAUCAUGUCGGCUCUGUCUGAUACGGAGAUCCAGCGUGAGAUCGGCAUCAGUAACCCGCUGCACCGCCUCAAACUGCGUCUCGCCAUCCAGGAAAUGGUGUCACUGACCAGUCCGUCGGCCCCGCCCACUUCCCGAACUCCGUCAGGCAAUGUGUGGGUGACACAUGAGGAGAUGGAAACACUCGCAGCUCCAUCUAAAACGAAGUCAGAGUCUGAAGAAGGAAGCUGGUCUCAGACAUUAGCAUACGGGGACAUGAAUCAUGAGUGGAUAGGUAACGAGUGGCUGCCCAGUCUCGGCCUACCUCAGUAUCGCAGCUACUUCAUGGAGUGUCUGGUGGACGCAAGAAUGCUCGAUCACCUGACCAAGAAGGACCUCCGAGUUCAUCUCAAAAUGGUGGACAGCUUCCACAGGACGAGUCUUCAGUACGGGAUCAUGUGUCUGAAAAAGCUCAACUACGACCGCAAAGAGCUGGAGAGACGGCGAGAGAACAGCCAGCAUGAGAUGAGAGACGUGCUGGUAUGGAGUAACGAGCGUGUGAUUCGUUGGGUUCAGAGCAUCGGUCUCCGUGACUACGCCAACAUCCUUUUAGAAAGCGGAGUUCACGGAGCGCUGAUCGCCCUCGAUGAUAACUUCGACUACAGCAGCCUCGCCCUGUUACUGCAGAUCCCCACCCAGAACACUCAGGCUCGUCAGAUUCUGGAGAGAGAAUAUAACAACCUGCUGGCGUUGGGUACAGAGAGACGGUUGGACGAGGAUUUCCGUGGCCCAUCGUGGAGGAGACAGUUUCCCCCACGUGAUAUUCACGGGAUCAGUAUGAUGCCUGGAUCAGCAGAGACACUGCCGGCUGGGUUUCGCCUCACAACAUCAGCACACACACACCGAAUUCCAGCAGACGAGGUUGGACAGUUCCACUGUGAGGACAUACUCAUGCUGAGAGAGGGACAACAGGGACUCGCAACUCCGUGUUGCGUAGUUGAUUGUGAUGGUGACGUCGGGGAACAGAGAUCUGCUCACACACACUGCCAAGAGAACACGCGUUGCCCGGACAGAUGGGGCCAAAAUGUAAAGCGCCAAGGUGCUCUCCUGCCCCGCCCACAUGCCCCGCCCACAUGCCCCACCUCCUGCCCCGCCCUCUCUACACCAGAGUGACUGUACAGGAUUAUAGAUACACAGUUUUAUAUACAAAUCUCUAUCAUCUACAGACACACUGCUGUAUACAACACUGACUUUAUUCCUGCUGACUCUGUGCACAUUUAACGUCACGCUUUUAUUUCUUUCUUCCACACCUCCUGCUCACACACAUGCACAUGCGCGCACACACACACACACACGCACACACACACCUGACUCAAACCGCCGCGGUCAGUGUGUUAGAAGAGCAUACAGAUGAAUGUGUGAAGGUGUAAGAGGUUCAACACUGCUGCUUUAAGAAACUACGUGCUGUUAGAGUUUUAAAUUCCAAGUGCACUACCACAAACUGUUUUAAUUAUUAAAGUUAUUAUAUAUAUAUAUAUAUAUAUAUAUAAAAAUGAAUUAUUCACUAAUAAAGUUAUGUGAUCUGUUAUUGGAUAAAUUAAAUAACACGUAGAGACAGCAUUAGCUGUUUUAGUUUUAACAAAUCUUUUAACUUAAAAGAUAUAGUAUUUAAUUUUAUUUGGAUAUUAACGAGUUGAUAAUGUUAUACUGCCACCGACAGAGUGAUCAGCAGUAGCUACACGACAUGUUUAUAUCACAUAAAUAAUAAUUUUAUUAGUCACACUUUGUUCCAUGGUUGUUUUUCAGCUCUAUUGUUGCAAGAUUUUUGACCCCUUUUGGCUUCCGUACGCCACACAACACUGACACCUCGUUUUUUUAAUGCCUUGAACAUUCUCCAUCUUUUUUUUAUUCUUUUUGAUUUUCCUGGUUCAAUUCUCACUAACAGAAAUCAUUCCUGUAGUUCAAGGUGUUCCACACGGUUCUGUUCUGGGCCCGUCUCAUUUUUAUUAAUUACACUACUCUGAGGUCAUGUUACAAUGUGGCAUCACAGUGCUAAUUUCUACUGUUAUGCCACUGAUGCCUAGAUUUACAUUAAUAUGGACUCUUCCACAUCCCAGCUGAACCAUACUAACAUUAAGCUAGCGAAGAAAGUGACGUAACUAAAGCUAUGCUAGCAAAGUAAGUAAAGUUACCUAACUAAAGCUAGCAAAUCAAGUAAUGUUACUAAAGUUAAGCUAAAAGGAAGUAACAUUACAGACGUUAAGACAGUAAAGCAAGUAACAUUACUAAAGUUAAGCUAAGUAAUAUUUCAAAACAAAGUAAUAUUAUAAGUGAGUGCAGCAAGUAAUGUUACUAAACCUAAAAUAAAAGGAAGUAACAUUACAGACAUUAAGUGAAGAAAGUAACAUUGCAAAAUUUACACUAAUACAGUUUGUAAUAUUCCAUAACUAAAUCAAGUAAUGUUACUAAAUUUAAACUAAAAGCAAGUAGUACAGAAGCUAAGCUAGUGAAGAAAUUAACAUUACUAAGAUUAGGCUAGUAAAAAAAAAAGGAUGUAACAGUACCGAGGUUAAGACAAUAAAGCAAGUUGUUGUAAUGUUACAGAAGUUAAGCUAGUAACAUAAAUAAUAUUGCAAAACAAGCAAAGUAAUAUCACAAGCUAGUGAAACAAGAAAAUGUUACUAAGCUUAAGAUAAAAGGACGUAACAGUACAGAAAUUAAGCUAGUGAAGAAACAUUGCUAGAAGAAACUUUGAAGAAAUAGUAUGUAAUAUUACAUAAAUAAAUCAAAUAACUUUACAAAAUUUACGCUAAAAGGAAGUAGUACAGAAGCUAAGCUAGUGAAAAAAUUAAUGUUACUAAGAUUAGGCUAGUAAAGUGAUAUUUCAAAACCAGCUAGUAAAUCAAAGUUUCUACUGGCUUGUCAAGCUAAAAAGAAGUAACAGCACAGAGCAUAAGCUAGUGUAGAAAGUAAUGUUACUGAAGUUAAGCUAGUGAAAGAAUUAACAUUACUACAGUUACAAUGGUAAGUAAUAUUACAAAACAAGCUAGUAAACCAAGUAAUGUUACUAAACUUAAACUGAAGGAAAUAUCAGAAAAGAAGUUAAGCUAGUAAUGUUACUUUACUAUCUUAACUUUAGGAAAGUUAAUCUAAGGAAUUAGAACACUACUAAAUUAAGAUUAGCUACUAAACAAGUGAAAAAGGACUAACAGUAUCGAGGUUAAGAAAAUAAAGCAAGUUGUUGUAAUGUUACAAAAGUUAAGCUAGUAACAUAAGUAAUAUUACAAAAAAACCAAAAUAAUAUCACAAGCUAGCGAAGCAAGAAAAUGUUACUAAGCUUAAGAUAAAAGGAUGAAACCGUACAGAAAUUAAGCUAGUGAAGAAACAUUGCAAAUUUACACUAGUACAGUAUGUAAUGUUACUGAAGUUCAGCUAAUGAAGAAAAUAACAUUACUAAAUUUAUACUAGUACAGUAAGUAAUGUUACUGAAGUUAAGCUAACAUUACUAAAUUUAUACUAGUACGUAGUAUUACAAACCAAGCUAGUAAAUCAGAGUGUUAAGCUAAAAGGAAGUACAGUACAGAGGUUACAGAGGAGUAAGUAAUAUUACAAAACAAGCUAGUAAUCAGUUAAGGCAUGUUACUUACGUUAAGCUGAAGGAAGUAAAAGGAAAGAAGUUAACCUUACUAGCUUAUGUUAGAUUCAGAAUCAGAAACACUUUAUUGUGUGCGAGUUGUGCUCACAGGAAUGGGUUUGGUUUGGUGCCAAAGUGUAACAUUGAACAGUACAUCAAAAAACACAUAGUGCAGCGAACAACAAGAGCCAGUGCAACAAGCGAACAGACAUCAGACAGCAGACAGUAGACAUUAAUGUAGGAAAAUUAAUCAAAGGAAUCAUAGCACAACUAAUUUAAGCUCACAAAGCUACUAAACAAAAAAAGGAAGCAACAGAAUGGAGAUUACGCUACUGAAGCAAAUAACGUUACUUAAGCUAGUAAAGUGAGAUUAUUAAAGUCACCCUGUCUAGGAAUGAACAUCAGUUUAAUAAACCUGCACUUUGCUAUUAACAUGGAUGCAGUGAUUAUUAAACUGUUCCCUGUAGUGCGAAAGUGUAGCAUAACUUCUGAUCCCUACUUUAAUUAGGUUCAAUUACGAUUUCUUUUUAAAACAAAAAUCCAUAUUUGUAAUAUUGCUGAUUUUCAUCAAAACAAAAGCUGUGGAAAAUCUGCCUUUUUAACACCUUAUAUAACUUCAGGUUCAGCCCUUAUUCUAUAUAAUCUCUCUCAAAAGUCGAACAUGGCUUUGCUCAAUCUUCCCACAGUACGUGCACUAGAAGUACUUAAACAUUCCAAAGCCUUGAAAAACAUAAAUUAUAUAAUUGUAGUUGUGUUCAAACAGGAAGAUUUGUUCUGACAAUUUGUAUUAUGUUUUUAUUUAUAAACGCAAUUAACCAUCUGAUGUACGAAUGAAUCUCUUAAAGCUACCAGCGUUUCAAUGCAAUUUGAUUUAGAGCCGUUUCGAUAUGAUACGAUAUGAAGCGAUUCAGUAUUGUACAGUUUAAACAGUGUUAGCUUGGAGAAGCGAGAGACCACGCCCCCUUUUUUGGGACUGACGCACAAUCUAAGAGCACAAGACGCACAUCUUUUUCACUGGGUCUCGCAGGUAGAAAGGCCACGCCCAUUUCACUGGGGCUGACAGAUAAAGAGGCCACACCCCUGUUUAGACUGUCAGGUAACAGGCCACGCCCCUUUUACUGGGCCUGAUGAGGCCACACCUCUGUUGACGAAAAACAGUUUCUGGUAGUGCACUCAGACUGUUGGAUGUAGAAAGAGUCCCAUCACUCUGC